UUUUCAGACCAUCCGCAACAGCGACGCUUUUGAUGGACAGACAAACAGAGAAGCCGGUGGGUUUGUCCGUAUGCUGGAAGACGACUCAUUCUGUUUCUUCCUCAACCUCUUCCACAAGAUUAUGCCACAUGUCGAUAUCUUGUACAGCCAGCUACAGAGGAGAAACUGUGACUCCAUCUACAUCGGAGGGGCCAUGCAGGCAUUCAUUCGCCGCAUGCAGAAUAUCAGGGAUGCUGUCCCUUUCUUGGUUGGGGAUGAGGAGUACAGGGGACCUGUUCAGGAACCAGCCCCAAAGAGACGGAGAACGUUGGAAGAGGACAGACAGCACCGUUUGGCAGAGGAGGUGUGUGACACCAUUAUGACCCAUGCCACAGAGAGAUUUGCCUUCACCAAACACCUUGUCAGCGCCACUCUGUUGCAAGGAGACCUCUUCCAACAGCACAGGAGAAAGUUCCCAGAUAGAGCCCUGGAAACUACAGUGGAAGCCUAUCCCUCACUGGACAAGGCCAGACUUAAAACAGAACUGUCCCUGAUCUAUGACAAUGAGGAGUUCCAGAAUUGCAGUGGUGCGCUGGCUCUUUACCAGGUUUUGAUGGCAAAUAACCUUCAGGACACUUUCGCCGAAACUGUAAGUCUUUUAAACAUCCUCAUCACCACACCCAUGACAACAGCGGAAUCAGAGAGGUGCUUCUCUACAUUAAACAGGAUAAAAACCUUCCUCAGGAAUACCAUGGCACAAGACAGGCUUAAUGCUCUAGCAAUGCUCUCCAUUGAAAAGAAGAUGGCACGUGGCAUUCAUGAUUUCAAUUCCAGGGUGAUUGAAAAAUUCGCUUCUCAGAAGGACAGAAGAGCAAAAUUCUUAUACAAAUAGGGACUUGCACCAUUUUUUGUGUCUAGAUGUGUGCAGCUGUGAAUGCAGAUACUGUAUUUGUUCAUAAUGUAAGAUCCAUGUACAUUCA